UGACUCCACACAUGUUUCUAAAAUUAGGAACCAGAGAAUUUAGCGGGAGUUUACAUAAUUUAGAAAUUGAAGAAAGAAAUUUACAUCUAAGCAGAUGUUUAUGAUAUAUUACAGACUAUGGACAGAGUUGUAGCCUUAGUAGAUAUGGAUUGUUUCUAUGUACAAGUGGAACAAAGAUUACAACCAGAAUACAAGGGAAAACCGUGCGCUGUGGUUCAAUACAAAAAAUGGAAAGGAGGAGGGAUAAUUGCUGUUGGAUAUGAAGCAAGAGCUUGUGGUGUAACCAAGAACAUGUGGGGUGAUGAUGCUAAGAAAUUGUGUCCAGACAUACACUUCUUUAGAGUACCAGAGUACAGAGGAAAAGCAGACCUUACUAAGUUUAGAGAUGGAGGAAAAGAAGUGAUUAAUGUUCUGAGUAAGUUCAGUGACUGUGUAGAGAGAGCUAGUGUUGAUGAGGCAUACAUUGAUCUUACAGAAGAAGUUAAAAGGAGGAUGGACAAAAGAGCACAGCCAGAACUGUUACAGAAUACACACAUAGUAGGCUUUGAACAAGAAGACAGGAAGGAAGGCUUGGAAUCCUGGUUAGAUUCUGUCUAUGAAGGAGAUGAUUUUAACAAUAUACAAGACAAGAAGCUAGCUGUGGGAGCAAUGAUUAGUGAGGAAAUGAGAGCAGCUGUCUAUGAAGAGACUGGCUUUAGAUGUUCUGCUGGUAUUGCUCACAAUAAGAUGUUAGCCAAAUUAUCCUGUGGUAUUAAUAAGCCGAACAAACAAACAGUUACACCACAUGGCUCUGUACAAGGUCUGUUCAGUACAUUACCUGUUAGGAAAAUACGAAAUCUUGGAGGCAAGUUGGGUGAAUCCUUGGUGGAAGAACUAAAUGUUGAAUUUAUAGGAGAUUUGGUUAAGUUUCCUUUAACUGAACUGCAGAAUAGUUUGGGUGAUAAAACUGGUCAUUGGAUCUAUGAACUAUGUAGAGGAAUAGAACAAGAGGCAGUUUCAGCCAGACAGCUUCCUAAAUCUAUUGGCUGUAGUAAAAACUUUCAAGGAAAAACUUGUCUUGAUACAAAAGAAAAGGUUCAGCAUUGGUUGAAAGAGUUGUCUGAAGAAGUUACAGAAAGAUUAGAGAAGGACAGAGAAGAUAACAACAGAAGUGCUAAGUCAUUAACAGUUAGUGUGAGGUAUUUAGCUAAACCAUCAUCCAUCUCUGUCUCUAGAGCUUGUGCAGUAAUAAAAUAUGAUGCUCAGAAGUUUGCUAGUGAUGCCUUCACGUUGAUACAGAAACUUAACACUCUACCAUUAUAUCAAUCAGCUUGGUCUCCACCCAUUACUUGCUUAGGUAUAUCAGCAGGAAAAUUUGUAGAAUUUCAGGAUAAAAGCCAGUCAAAUAUAUCAUCAUUUCUUGGAAAGAAAUCUGAAUCUGUUACCAAAUCUCCAAUUUUGUCUCAAACGAACAAAGAAUCAUCUCCAAAGGGUUCAAUUCAGUCAUUCUUUAAAAGUAAAACUCUCAAAGAAGAAAUCCCCAAAAGUGAACCAACCAGUUCAAGUGGUACAUCAUCUGAAAAAAACAAAUUGCAAGAAACAAGCAUACAGGCUCUGUUUAGAAAAAAACAGUCUAUUGGUAAAAGUUCAGAAACUACUUCAUUAAAUACUGACUCUUCAGAAGUUUGUGUGGAUCUUGGUCAUGAAGCAAUAUCUAUUGAUUUAAGUAAUGACAAUUCAGUUGAUUUAAGUAUCAACAAAGGAUCAGAGACUAUAAAAACUGAAUCAGUGACAAGUGUUAAUUUGAGUAAGAAGUCAGGCUUUUUUGUUUCUAAACUGAGAAAAGGUUCAGUGAGCUCUGCUGUAAUUGAUGUAAAUGAAAGCUCAUGUGAUAGUAUUAAAUCAACAAACAGCAGUGACUCAACCAGCAAGGGAGAUAAUUCAGAAAUUGUUCAUUCUAAAGUGACACCCAUUGAAACAUCAUGCAUUUCUAAUGACAUUUCUGUUUAUGAUGAUGCUCCUACAGAUAAUGGUGCUCCUCCGUCAAUAGAUAAUAUGGAUGAGGAAGUUUUCCUGUCAUUGCCUUUAGAUAUUCAGCAUGAGAUCAGACAAAAUAUGAAGAGCAAACCUAAAGCAAAAUUGAAACAAGAAAAGAAACGAUCAAAUCUUGACAAUUUUUUUCAGCAGUGUACGCAAGAGAAAACUGACAAUACAGAAAAUCAAGCAGAUUUGACUUCAUGUGAAAAAUGUGGGAAAGAGAUAUUAGUUUGGAAACUUCCAGAACAUAUGGAUUUUCAUUUUGCUCAGGAAAUACAGAAAGAGUUUCGAGAGGAAAAUAUACAAAGUAAUAAAGUGACUACAAAGAGAAAGAGUGCCGCUUCUCCUGUAAAGCCUAAAAAGAAAUUGAAGAAAACUGAAAAUGUUAACACUCUUACAAAUUUCUUUUCAAAGAAAUGAGGGUUUUUUUUUUUGCUUCCUUUCUCCAGCUUUAUUUUUACAUUAGUCAUCAUUCUACCUCUACUAACAAAAUGUUUUAUCAACAAUUGUUCUUGGUUUUUAUUGAAAUUCAGCUCAUUGUCUGACCUAUUACAUUUACAUAUUAGAUUAUAUAUUUAUUACGAGGUGAAUUUGAAUGUGUGAAGAGUGUUCUGUAAUUCUGAUAAUAUUAUAUUGUAAGUUUAUAUGUUUCAUAGAUGAAUAUUCAGUACUAUUUAUUAAGUUUUCUAAAAUGAAGAAAAAUGGAAGUACAAUUCAGGAAUUGUAUGGUUUAUUGUAAAUUUGAAACAAAAAUUUUUAAUUAAUAUUUUAUCCGAUAUUAUAUACAUGUAAACAUAUGAAUGUAACAUUUUUAUUGUGCAAUUUUUGUCUGGAGAUGAUAUGAUACAGAAAUUUGUUAUUUUAAAUUCUUAGAUGUUCUAUUUGAUAUGUUUAAUAUUUGUUACAUAUAGAAGCAGUUAUGUAUUAAAGGCAAGAUGUACAUUGAAAAUAGAUAUGGUCUUCUUUGGAGUGGGUAUAAUUUUUUACCACUGAACUUUUGUAUUUAUCUGUCUGUAACCAUUUCUGUAGUAUUUUCUCAGCCACUGUUUGUCAUAGCUUCUUGAUGUAAGGCAUCAAGCUUUAUCUGGUUGUGCCAUACCCAGUGACAGGUUUUCAGUUUCUUACAUUUAAUUUACGAAGAAGGAUGUUAUGGCAAUAGUUUUGUUUAAUGUGCAGUACUGUGGAAUCAUUUAUUUUCGUGGAUAUCAAUUUUCGUGGAUUGCUGAAAACUUGCAUAUUCGUGGAUAUUUGAUUUCGUGGUUUUAUCAAUCACUGUAUACAAAACCUAUUCAAAAUAUGCUAUUCGUUGUGCAUUUGAAUUCGUGGUUCACCAGUACCCACGAAUUCCACGAAAAUUGGUAUCCAACGAAUAUUAAUGAAUCCACAGUAUAUAAAACCAUAAAUUAUUAAACUGUCAUAACAUUUUCAUCCAAACUUUGAAUUUGAUACUGACAUUAGUUGGUUCUUUUUGUCUUAUAUAUGUACAGUUACCAGUUGUCACAUCUAAAAUGAAGUAUCUGACAAUAAUGAACACCAAACUCCAGUGUAGGUUAUUUCUUAACCUUAACCUAUGAUUAUUUCUGGAAUACAUAUGUUAUCUUAGGUGCCUCGGUGGCCAGAUGGUCUAAGUAGUUACGACUGUUAUCACUAGCUAGCCAGUCAACACUGAGGUUGUGAGUUCAAAUCCCACUUGUGCGGGUGCAUUCGACUCCAAUCAUAAAUGAACAGGUUUGUCAAUUUUCCUAUCGAAGGUCAUGGUUUUCUCCUGGUACUCACGAUUUCUCCACCAUUUAAAACUGGCCACCACAAAAUAGCUCAAAUAUGAAGCUAAAAUGAUCAAAACCAAAAAUCAAAAACCAAAAAAGUAUGUUAUCUUUAUUUUUUAUCUCAUAGUCAUUAUCUGUUUCUGCAAUUUCUUCAUUUCUAAUUGACCAUGUGAACACAGGGAUAUUUUAGUGCUUAUGUAAUGUAAAACUUGAAUAUUCUGUGUUAUGGAUGGCUGUGUUUUGUCACAGAAUUUUGUAAUGGUUUAGAGAUUGUAAAAUUGUUGUUAGAUAUUACCUAUAUAUAUUUUUUUAAUUUAUAAAAACUUAUUUUGAUCAGUGUUUCUGAAAUUCUAUGUCUAUAACAUAAUAAACAGAUUGAAACUUAAAACAGAAAAAUAUCAGAGCAAUAUUUACACCCUGAUCGUCUUCAGUCUUUCUAUUUGAGAUGUUUUAGGUCCUCAGGAAGUUGAUGAUCUAACCAAUAUCUGUCCUAUAAUUCUAAAAUUAUACUUUGCCUCUAGAUGAUAAAAGAGAGUUCAUUGGGGUGGGCAAUACCAAAGUGACAUUCAAACUCAUAAGUUGAUUUCAAAAAGACAACACCAUGGCCCAAAACAACCAAAAUACAAAUAACUGUAUACAAAAAAUAAUAGUAAAACCAACAAGACCAGGGUGAUAUCAAAUGCUCUAGAAGUGUAAGCUGAUCCUGCUCCUGCUCAUGUAAAAUACAAACUCUGUGGUGAUAAUUAUAGAUUAUCGUUGAUCAUCUCAACGAGAUUGAUUUUCUCGCUUGAGCUGGUACAGCGAAAUUGAGAUGACCAAUGAUAAUCUGUUUAUCGCUAUUUUACCUAUGACGACGUUGUCAAUUUCGUUAGCAACUCCAUGUGGCCUCCUUAGUUUCUAGCGAUAAUUUUUCCAUUUUAAGCGAGAAGCAUGAUAUGACUAUUAUCACAAAAAAAGAUCAAAGGAAAAAUGCACAAAAUACUUUAAAAUACAAUCGUCAAGUGUUGUUGACUUCAAUUGUUACCACGGAAACAUAUAUUAUCCUUAGCAACAUCCACUCUGAAAUUGCAUAAAUAGAAACUUAUGUAAAAAAAUACAUAAAUACAUGAAAUAGAGGGUGUUUAUUUUCAAAUUGGAAUAUGACUGCUUUACUUCACUUGCAGUCUAUUCUGUGUACUUCAUUAAAUUAAAUGUUUAACAAAUGUAAUAUAAUGUAAUAGUAUGGUAGAGAGAAUAUAAUUUUAUUAAUAAAACAUCUUCAUUCUAUUUAGAUUUCUUGCCAACCUUCUUUACACAAACGAGAGCUUACUGUGGUAGUAUAUUUAUAUUCGGUUAUAGCUAUAUUAGCAGGGUUGAUUUUUUUCCCUCGUAUAACCGCAAUUUACUUAAUUUUCUUUGUAAUAUAUAUGUAUACUAGUAGUAACAAGGAUAUCGUUUCUGGGGGCCUCUAUAGUUUGUUGUUCAUGCAGUGUAAGCUAAUGCUCGUGUUGAAGAUUACUUUGGCCUAUCAUGGUUUACUUUUAGGAAUAGUGACUUAUAUAAAGAGUUUUCUUAUUGGCAUUCAUACCACAUUUUCUUAUAUUAUUCUGCUCAUUAUUGAAGUCAAUGAUAUGAUCUAAUUGUUCAAGGAUUUUACUUUGCAAUGACUACAAUAGUGAUACAUUUUAAUAUAUACAGCCUACUCUAUUAAUAACAACUGUUUCCUUUGAAUCUUGAAUAAGAAAUAAGAUAAAAACAAAGGUUUGCAUUAUUUUGCAAAGGUUUGCGUUGUAACGCAAACAUUGGAAGAAAAUUAAAAAAAAAAUUUGUGGCGUUUAUACGCUUCCUUAGAUUUUAAGAAAGGUAGUGCAUGUGUUAGUUAAGAAUCAGUGCUCACCCAUUACAUUAGGAAUUGAAAAAUCGUAAUGUACAGCUGAUAGAG